CGCAGUUCCCGGAGCCUGCGGAGCCUCCCGAGCUGCAUGGCCGGGCCGGGCCGGCCUUUAGACCGAGCUUAGCAAAGCCCGGCUCGGCGGGGGGAGUCGCAGGCGCGGCCGGAAGGAGGGGAAGCAGGAGAGAAGGAAAAGCCGCGGGGAUCCCGGCGGGGGAGGGGCAGCCAUGGCCCCCAACGGCUCCGUGGGAUUUCGGGAUUCCCCCCCGGAGCCGGGAAUUUUCCUGGACGAGGAUUUGGGAUCCGACUGGUACAUCUACGAAUCCACGGAGUCCACGCCCCACGAUGACCUUUUUCCCGACGCCAUCCCGGAAUGCCGCCCCACACUCUCCCCCCAGCUGUACCACGCCGUCAUGGCUCCCAUUUCCCUGGCCGUGAUCCUGGCCUUGUCCUUCCUGGUCAAGCGCCGCCGGCUCCACCUGAGCUGCUGGAACGGCGUCCCGGGAUUGCUCAGCCCCGGGAAUCUCCUGGAGCAGGACGGGCACCGCGCCGUGGCCGCCGCCGGCUUCGCGCUGCUCUGCUCCGAGCUCGGCCGGAUCCUGACGGACCCGCGCCCGCUGCCCCUGCUGCCGCCCGCCGAGGGGACAUCCAUGGGGACAUCCAUGGGGACAUCCAUGGGGACACCCGCCAUGGGGACACCCGCCGCCCGCGAGUUCUGGAAGGUUCUGGCCCUGCUCUAUUUCCCGGCGCUGUACUCGCCCCUGCUGGCCUGCGCCGCCCCCCGCCACCGCCUGGGCUACGCCGCGGGGACCCUGCUGGCCUGGGGACACUGCGGGGCGCAGGCCUGGCGCCGCGCGCAGUGUCCCCUGGAGCCCCAGAUCCACGGGCUGUACUCGCUGCUGUCCCAUGUCCCCGCGCUGCUGUCCCUGUCCCUGCUCAGCCUCUGGUACCCGGCGCUGCUCCUGCGCAGCCUCCGCAGCGGGGACAGCCCCGAGCCGUGGAUUUCCGGGAAAAGCUAUUACAGGAAGUACCUCAAGGCCCUGCUGUCCAAGCGGGGCCGGAAGGGGAGCUCUGUCAAGAUCGAUGAGAGCCUCAGCUCCCGGAUCCGCUCCUACCUGCUCUCCUACGUCUACAUUCCGGAGGAAGGAUUCCGGAUCCCGCUGAAGCUGGUGGUGUCCGUCACCGUGGCCUUCAUCGCCGUCUACCAGGUGGCGGUGCUGCUGCUGGUGGCCGUGGUGCCCACGCUGCGGAUUGUCCGUGCGGGAAUGACCAAGGACGUGGUGGUGCUGCUGGUGCAGUUCGGGCUGGUGCCCUCGCAGGGCGCGGCCGCGCCCGGGGACAUGGAGCAGGAGCUGCGCACCGCCCGCCACUUCCUGUGGGCCCUGGAAGUGUGCUACAUCUGCUCGCUGGUGCUGUGCUGCCUGCUCACCUGCGCCAUGCUGCUCAGGAGCCUGGGCAUGCACAGGUCCAACCUGCGGGCGCUCUACCAGGGCGCCGUGCUGGACGUGUUUUCCAAGGCCCACAUCCUGCGGCCUUCCCGGGAAUCCCUCGUCUGCUGGAUGGCCUUCUCCAGCUUCCAGGCUGCCUUUGCCUGCCUGGGUCUCCUGAUCCAGCAGGUGAUUUUCUUCCUCUGCUUCGUGGCCUUCACCUUCCUGGUGGUGAUCCCGCUCCAGCUCGGCACCAGCUCCCCACUCUUUGGGAUCAUCCGGAACAUGUGGCCCUUCUGGCUGACCCUGGUGGUGGCUGUGCUCAUGCAGCACCUCCUGGCCCAUUUCCAGUUCCUGGAGCAGCAUUCCCUGCAGAAGGAGAUCACCAACAGGCGCGCGCUGUCCAUCGUCACCUUCCUGCUCUUCCCCACCAACGUCCUGGUGGGCGCCAUGGCCGCGGUCUGGCGCGUGGUCAUCUCCGGCCUCUACAACGCCGUCCACUUCUGCCGGCUGGACGUCAGCCUGCUGCACCGCGGCGUGGAGACCUUCGACCCAGGGUACCGCACCUACUGCCACUACCUGAGGGUGGAGGUCAGCCAGUGCCACCCGCUGCUGAAGGCCUUCUGCUUCCUGCUGCUCCAGCCCGGCCGGCCGGAGCCGCCGGCACCGCCCCGGGACACCCAGCUGGAGGAAGGCCUCCAGCUGAUGCAUCCCAAGCGCCCGGCUCCGGGAAGGGCGCGGAGCCGGCGGAUCCGGGCGCGCUGGUGGGUGGCCUACACGCUCCUGCACAACCCCUCACUGACCGCUUCCCGAAAAACCGCGCUGGCCGACCCCGCAGCCAACGGUGCCCAGCUCGGCGUUCCCAGGCCCUGAAUUCCUGGGAAUCCCAUCCCAUCACCCAUCUCCCAUCCCCGAAUUUCGGGCGCUUCCCGUGCCCUUUCCCAGCCUCUGGACUCUCUCCGAGGGUUUAUCCCUAAAUCCACGCCGAGCCACUCCGGAGCUCCAGAGAUCACUCCUCUGAGCCCAGCCUGGAUGGAGCCGAGACAAGGAAAACGCUCCCAGCAUCCCAAAAUUAUUUUGGGAUUCACUCCUGCAACCAGCCUGGUUCUCAGCAGCUUUUCCAGCACAGGACAAUUCCCAGGGAACUGGGAGAGGAGCUCGGAGGGAUCCCCAGCCGGCCAAAAGAAUUCUCAACCACCGGGAAUUACCCAGCAGCUCCACGUGGGAGAAAAUUCCCAUUCCCGUCUUCUCCCUUCCCGCUCUCGGCUCCAUCUGGGCUCCACAUCCACUCCUGGGACGUUUUUUUCCCCAAUUAUUGAAGGAUCAAAUCCCACCCUGCUCCCCGUCCUCUUCCAUUCCCGGUUUCGUGUCGAUCCCGGGGUUUUCCAGGGCUGGGAUCCAUGGAAAGCCACGCUGGGAAGAGCAGGGGAAGGAGA